AUGGACUUGUUAGAAGAGGAGGCGGAGAGGGUCGACGACCGGCCCGGUACGACCAGAACGACUGACGAUCCGUUUGACGUACCGAGACCGAACGCGACGCGAGAGACCCGCUUGGUUAACUCGACGAUUAACUCGCCCCAGCUCGGGGAGGAGAGCGGCGACGACCUCGACGACCCCAGACUUCGAAACACACACGACGACGACGACGACGACGACGACGACGACGACGACGACGACGACGACGACACGACAAUAUCCGGACGCUUCGACGACGAAGACCCCGAAGCUUCGCUGUUCCCGACGCUACCCCGCGAACGUCCCACUCGCCGCCGCGAGCGCUGGCCCACGCCCCGCGCGGUCGACGGUAACGAGAUGGAAACCUCCGUGGCGCUCCCGCUCAGCGUUCACGUCGCCGUGCGAGAGCUGCGGGCGCUGCACGGCGACGUCGCGCCGGCCAGGCCCCGGCAGCCCCGCGGCCGGGGCUACGCUGAACCCACCGAACCCAGGCUCCACCUCAACCCCGCGUUCUCCGAGUGGCUCAUGGGCCUCCCCGGUGGGUGGACCUGCCUCGACGGGGACGUCAUCGAUGUCGCGGCGCACCUCCGACCGCACGACCGUUGGUCGUCGUGGCGGGGCGGGGACGACGACGACGACGACGACGGCGGCGGCGACGGCGGCGGCGGCGGGGGUUGGAGCGCGGGGUCGCAGGUCGCGCUCGGGGUGGCGCGGCAGAUGGACCGGUGCAGGACGGUGGGUAACUCGGUAGUUCCGACGUGCGUCGGGGUGGCGUGGAGGGUGUUGACGGGCUUGAGGCACGCGGUGAACCCCCGGACGGACCCCGCGCCGCGUCCCGCCCGGUCCAAGCACCGGUUGGAUCCGACGAGGAGGGUACCGGUGCCGAUACCGGACCCCCGGGUGCGGACCGAGUGGGGCGGGGACGGGAUGGGGAGGGACGGGGAGGGAGGAGGGGAUGAAAGAAGCGGGAGAUGGAAGCCGUGGUCGGUGCCGUGGCCGACGUUCUUCGCGCCCAUCGACUCGAACCCGCUCGAGGGACGGAGGAACAAACGGAAGAGCGGCGGCCCGGGCCCGACGGACGAGUCCGCUCCAGAGACCGAGGACGCGCGCGGCGGGUCGACGUCGACGUCCGCGCGGGAGAAGCUCGAACCGUGGGGCGACGCCGAGGAGGCGAGGGGGGCGAGUCGUCGGGCGAAGUUUACGCGGGAAAGGUCCGGAAGUCCCGGGAUGAGACGACCGUCCGUCCAGGGUCUGACGAGGUCAAAAUCGAGUCAAAAUCGAGAGGGAGCGGUCGCCGCGAGGGACUCGCGCCGGGACCGAAUCAACGCACUGACGGCGUCCCCAGACGUCAGGAACGGAGCCUCCGCGCUGCUCCGACAGCUGUGGGAGUCCAUGCUGAGCGCACGCGCCGAGUACGGGCGCGUGGCCGAGGCUCUCAGGUCCCACGCGAGGCGAAACCCGGGUGAAUCCGCGAGGGUGGACUGGAUAUCGCCGUCGCCCCUCCCGCGGCUCUUCCGAUCGCCGGCGGAGGUUCGAGAGCGACGCGAGACGACUCAUCAAUCGGCACGAGUCACCGGCGGUCGCGUCCACGCGGAAUCCGACAGGAAGAUCGGGACCCGAGAGCCAAAACUCCGAGCCAAAACUCCCUUUGGCGUCUCCGUCGACGGGAUCGAUUGGCCGCAGCCGCCCCCCUUCCGUCCCUCGCAGCCGGCGCCCCCGAGCGGCCCGGGGGUGGGCGGUCCCGUUCGUCUUCGCGGCGGUUCGUCUUCGCGACCGUUCGGAGGACGGUUCGUCUUUGCGUGUUGCGCCGUCGCCGAGUUGACCGACGACGAGCGCGACGCAAUCGCGGGCGCGGUUGAUCCAGACGAGGUCGACUCGCUUCGACGCGCCAUGUUCCCCCACGACGACGACACCGUGAACGACGACGAAUCCGUGAACGACGACCAGACGCGCCGGACGCCGCGCUGCUUCGAGGUGGCGUGCCUCCGGGGUCUCGACGACGCGCGGCUUUUGGCGGCUGCCCUGAUUAGGCCCGCGCCCGGGGAGGGAAUCCUCGGCCGAUACGUCGAGAUGCCGUUUAUCGUCACGCUCCCGCACGCUCGGGGUCGGGGUCUGUGGCGCGAGCUGACGCGCGAGUUGAUCGCGUGGACCGUUCGCAGGGCGGCCUGGCGGGCCACCGCGCUGAUCGUCAAGGUCAAGCGCGGCGGCGGCGGCGGCGGCGGCGGCGUAAAGCGAAAAAGAGACAAGGAGAGAGGGGAUCGGCACUGGCAGGAGACCAUGUGGCGGGACGGCGCCGGCGCCGUCCGCGUGGACGGAGGGUGGGGCGGGGCGCGGCGGGGCGCGUCCAACGCGAGGGAGAGGAUCGAGGCCAUCCUCGAACGUCUCGGUUCCAACACCGGCGGGGGCCGGGGCGGGAGGAGGCCGGGGUCGGACGGAGGAGGCGGGGUCGGCGCGAAGACGUCCGCGGCGGGGUCGCUUCACCCGAUUCCCGACCGGGACCUCCUGCUGAUCCGCAUGCUUCCGCCCCCCGACGAGGGAUCCGACGCUGCCGCGUCCCCGCUGGCGCCGUCCGCGUCGUCAAGGCGGGUGCCGUCUUUCGCGGAUCUGGACGAGAUGCGCGGAAGACGCCUCGCGCAGGGGGGACCGGGUUCGCCGGCGGCUGGGCUGGACUCGCGAGAACACGCGUCUCUUCUGGACUUUGUCACUCGCGUCGUCAACGGCCGCCGCGGGUGUUCCCUGUCGCUCUUCGGGUACUACGAGCCGACCGCCGGCGGGUCCGGCCAGCCCCAGGGUGUCCCCGCGGCGCUCAGGCUGAGGGUGCGGGACCUCGACGACGAGCUCGUUGGCUCGGGCGGAGGCCCCGGUACCUUCCUCGCCUGCGCGCACGCCUCCCUGCUCAGGGAGACGAUCUCGAAGCUCCUGCCCGGUUGUGUCGUGGACUGGGGGGCGUGGUCGGACGUCGUGAGCCAGGGGAACUUCCCGGCGGCGGUCGAGGAGUUCCUGGCGCGAAGACGCAGGCUCGCCGCUGCUCAGAACGGAGCCGGGAAUCAACCCCGAGGACCGGAUCGACCCCCGCCGCCCACCGCCCCAGCCCUGGCCCUGGCCCCACAGCCUCCUCCUCCCCCUCCUCCUCCGCCUCCCGGUGAGACGAGAGCUUCCGAAUCGUACGCGGCCAUGAACGUCCGCGACCGAUGCGCCCGGCUCCUGUCGCUCCUCCGCGUGGCGGUGGAGCUGGACCUCGGCGGGGUGCGCUCCGCGGCGGCGGCGGCGGCGAGAACAACCUCGGGGAAGGGGGGGAAAAGGCUCCGGGAAGAGUUAGUUCCGACUCGUUACCCAUACGCGUCGAGGCAGGAGACCGGCGCCCGCCCGCUGGCGCUCACCCCCGUGUGCCGCGAGCGCCGCGUCGACGGCACGGUGUGGACGUACCGCGUGGUUCCCGCGUCCCUCGACACGGGGAGGUCCUUUGCCUUUUUCCUCGCCGCCGCCCCCGCCGACGGCGCCUCCGAGCCGCUGGGGUUGGACGACGACGGGGACGCGCGGUGGAGGCGCGUCGCGGCGGCGUACGGACCCGACGGCACUCGCGCCCUCGCGCGGGUCCUUCGCGGGAUCGCCGCCGCGUCGACGCCCCGCGAUUCACGCGACGACGACGAUUCACACGAUGACGACGACGACGACGACGAUUCACGCGAUGACCGCCCCGGGGAGUCCCGCCGAACGCGACGGUCGCGACCCCCGUCGCCCCUCCUUCCCGCACCCGGUCGCGUCGCCUGCGUCGGAACCGGCGAGCGCGCCGCGUGCGCCGCCGCCGCAUCGCUUCUGGGGCGAUACGCGUCCCACGCGGAGACGAAGGGCACGGACGCGGCGACGGCGCUGUCGGACGCCGACGUAGCCGUUCUCCUCGGCGAGUCACCGUUUUCGCCGAAUCACGUCUUCUUCGCGGGUCCCAGAGACGGGUCGGAAGAUACCCCCGGGGCGUGCGGGGACGGGGUCGAGACCCCGUGGGGGACCGUCGCGUGGAACGAGGACGCCCCGCCGGAACCCCCCACCCUCGCCGCCGCCGCCGACGACGUCGCCCCGAGAUGGUUGGAACCGAGCGAGGUGCCCGCGGACAUCGCCCCGGAGCGCCCCAAACGGCGGGGCGAGCACCGCGCCGAGUCGGUCCUGCUGCGCGUCGCGUCCGGCGUCGGUUCCGAUCGGGGUACGACGCUGGGGCUCAUGGAGGCGCACGUCGACGCCACGUACACGCGGGAGAUUGGCGCGGUUCGGCUCAUCCGCGGGCGCCCGGGUUUGUCGACAAUUGGGUUUGUCGACGGGGCAGACGACCGGCCCGAGUGCCCGGUGUCCGGCGCGGAGUUCGUCCACCUGGGGUCCGACGGGACCAAGCUAGUGGCUCAGAGACGCUGGAUGCGCCACGUGGAGGUCGUUCAGGGUCCCCCCGUGGCCGACGCCGACGCCGACGCCGUGCCCCUCGAGGACUGGCUCGCGACCCGAGGCGAGGCGCUGGGCGGGGACGAGCUCGCGGGUACCCGGGCGCUCAUCUGGUGGCCCGCCGACGGCGCGUGCUACCCGUGCACUGUCGAGUGCUUCCGUAACGUCGGGGGCAACGUCGGGCACCACGGUGCUCACGCCGUGCGGUACGACGACGGUCAGCGGGAGACGGUGCAUCUCGCGCUGCAGACGUUCGCUGCGUUGGAGCCCGCGCCUCUCGACGAACCGGACGGCCGCCCGGACGACGACGAACCCGAAGAAACGGAGGGUGCCGACGAGGGUGCCGACGGGGUUGCCGACGGGGGUGCCGAGACUUCGCCGCCGAAGGUCUUCGACCGGGUGUGCUGGUUCGCCCCGCGGGGUGGCGAGACGGCGGCAGGGUGGCGCAGGGAACACAGGCGACGGGCUCGGAGGAGAGCUUGCGGGGUCGACGUCAACGUCAACAACGUCAACGUCAACGUCGGCCAAGGCCCGCGGGAACCCCCGACCGGGUCUUUGGAUGACGAUGUGGGGGAAGACGAGGAGGGUUCGAUCGGACCGGGGGAAGUCCCCGGUUCGACCGGAAACCUGCGGAAACGAAACCGGGAAUCGUCGGAUGAAAUCGAGGACGGAAAGGAACCGCCGGACUGAUGA